ACCAACAUGUCCAUGCUAGCCUAUCCCAGGUGAAUGUGUGACCGCUGUCAUGGAAAUUUGUCAUUCGUGUCUUUAAAUAGUUUGUACCGUUGUAAAUGUAUAACAGCACUAAAAAAGAGGAUUUGAGGGCGUUUUAAAUGCAACCAUGGCUCGUGUUGUGAAAGUGUUUCGGACUCUGCGGAAUCACUGGAAAAAGUCCACAUUUGCUGUGUGCGUCCUGUCUUACGGGGGAUACUGGCUGUAUGGCAAACACUGUGACAGUGUUCUGCGUCGAGAGGCUUGUCUAUUGGCCAGGGAAUUUGGACGUCAGCAGAUUGCGCCAGGGGAGCAGCUGAGAAAAGCAACAGUGAUUUUGAACCCUUCAGCUUGCAGUGGAAAAGCCAAUAACCUAUUUGAAAAGAAUGCUGCCCCUAUUUUACACCUGGCUGGCGUGGAGAUUCAGAUUGUCAAGACGGACUAUGAAGGCCAGGCAAAGAAACUGAUGGAGUUUAUGGAACAAACAGACAUGUUAAUUGUGGCUGGAGGGGACGGCACGUUACAGGAAGUCGUCACAGGUUUACUGCGAAGGCCAGAUCAAGACACUUUCAGUAAAACACCAAUUGGAUUCAUUCCUCUUGGAUCUAGCAAUUCUUUAAGUCCGAGUCUUCAUCUCCUCAGUGACAACAAGGUCAAGGACAUUACAUCAGCAACAUUGUCCAUCCUGCAGGGAGAGACUGUACCUCUGGAUGUGCUGCAAAUCAAAGGAGAAAAAGAGCCAGUCUUUGCUCUGAUGGGACUGCGUUGGGGGGCUUUCAGAGACGUGGCUGCAACAAUCAGCAAAUAUUGGUACCUUGGUCCACUGAAAACAAAAGCAGCACACUGGUUUAGCACUCUAAGGGAGUGGCCUCUGGUCCGUGAAGUCUCGAUAUCCUACUUGGCUCCCACCCUCCGGCCCCCUGACCUGCUGCCUCAGAAGCCUCCCAGACCUAACUUGGUCCACCGCAUCAUCCGCAGACUGAAGAAUUACUGGCACCCUCCAGUAGAAGAACCUCCAAAAGCAGAGGAGCCAGAGAAGUGGGUAGAGCAGCAGCUGUCGACGUUAGAGCUCUUCAUUCAAACACACAACAAAAACCCUGUAGAGAGGCGUGUCAAUGACUCCCUGGUGCUCUGUGCGGAGCCUGACGACUUCAAUGUGGGCGAGUUCAUCGAUGUCGGAACGAAAAAGCAAGAGGAUCCGAGUGUAUUCACCAAAAACUCCACUAAACUGGAAGCCAGCGCUUGUCGACUGCAGCUGCCAGAGGGCACCUCCGGCUUCUACAACAUCGACAACGAGGAGUACGAGGCCAUGCCUGUGGAGGUGAGGCUGUUGCCACGGAAACUACGCUUCUUCAUCAGUGCAGAGCGCAAGGAGCAGCUCCUCUCACAGCUUCAGUGAUGAGAAGAUACAAACCAGACAGAUGACAAAUGCAGCAGGACACAAAAAAAAGAAGAUUUCAAGAGGAACACAAAGGACCAGAUGCCGUUCUGGCAUUUUGCCUCGCCAGAGGAUUCAAAUGAUCACGACGACGGUUUGAGCUAGCUAUUUAACCUACGAGUAAACAUGGCAGAUUUCAGUUGGCGUCAUUUUAACCAAUUUAACCAAGAGGAUUGUGACACAGGCUGUCGUUUAUGAAAGGACCAAGGCCUCGCUUCUAACCCAUCCACAGGUUGUCUUACAGUUAUUGUGUUUACUGAAUGGUUUACUUUUGCCGUCAUAUUUGAACUUGGUCAAUUAAAAAAAAAAAAUCACGUCUUUUAA